AUGCAGAAGCUUGUUCCCUCAUCCUCCACCAUGAAGCUCUCCACCAUACUUCUGUGCCUGAUGCUCACAGCAGCCACUAUCAGCACCCAUGUGCUGGCUCAGCCAGAUGGGAGUAAUAUCCCCACCUGCUGCUAUGAGGCCAAUAGAAAGAAGAUCUCUGUGCAAAAACUGGAGAGUUACACACGGAUUACCAGCAGUCACUGUCCCUGGAAGGCUGUGAUCUUCAAGACCAAAUUGGGCAAGGAAAUCUGUGCUGAUCCUGAGCAGAAGUGGGUCCAGGACUCCAUGAAGUACCUGGACAAGAAAAGCCCAAACUGUAAAGCCUUGAACACUUGUGCCUGA